AUGGUAGGAGCGCAGAUUCGUUAUUCUAUACCAGAGGAGAUGAAGAAAGGCUCUGUUAUCGGUAAUGUAGCACAGGAUCUCGGUUUGGAUCUGAGGAGGCUUCGUUCUGGGCGGGCCCGUAUUGUGACCGGAGAAAACAUCCACUACACCGAGCUGAAGACGGACAAAGGGAUUCUAGUCGUGAAUGAGAGAAUAGACCGAGAGCAGCUUUGUGGAGACGAAACGCCGUGUAGCUUCAGCUUUGAGAUGAUUUUAGAAAAUCCAAUGGAACUGCACAGAGUAACAAUACUGAUCCAGGACCAGAACGACAACCCUCCUCAGGUCCUGUACCCAGUCCAGACUGGUGGCUCUCUGGUGGCUGAGAUGGUGCCUCGUUCAGCAGAUGUGGGCUACCUGGUCACUAAAGUGGUGGCUGUUGAUGUGGACUCUGGACAGAAUGCCUGGCUCUCCUAUAAACUGCAGAAAGCCACAGACAGGGCGCUGUUUGAAGUGGGCUUACAGAAUGGAGAAAUAAGGACUAUCCGCCAGGUGACUGAUAAAGAUGCUGUGAAACAAAGACUGACUGUUAUAGUGGAGGACAACGGGCAGCCCUCUCGUUCAGCUACAGUCAUUGUUAACGUGGUGGUGGCUGACAGCUUCCCGGAAGUGCUGUCUGAGUUCACUGACUUUACACAGGACAAGGAGUACAAUGACAACCUGACUUUUUACUUAGUGCUGGCUCUGGCUGUAGUGUCCUUCCUCUUCAUCACGUGUUUAGUGGUUAUCAUAUCAGUGAAGAUCUACAGGUGGAGACAGUCUCGCCUCAUGUUUCACUCCAAUCUCCCUGUGAUUCCAUAUUAUCCACCACGUUACUCAGACACUUUGGGGACAGGGACUCUCCAACACGUGUACAACUACGAGGUGUGCAGGACGACUGACUCCAGAAAGAGUGACUGUAAGUCCGGCAGAGCUGGUAGUCAGAACGUGCUGAUAAUGGACCCCAGUUCUACAGGGACGAUGCAGCGGAUACAGAGUGAAAAGAGCAUCUUGGAUGAACCCGACUCUCCUCUAGAGACAUUGUUAGUGAAGUGGUGCAUCCUAUUCAGCACCAUGGACAGCAUCUCUCCUCUCGUUUGA